AUGGGAGAAACAUUUGGUGAACAAUUCUCUAGAAUAGCGGGAUUAAUGUUCGUCUGGAGCACAAUCCAACAGCUAGUUCCAUACAGAGUACAAAUCUAUCUAGAAAAACUGUGGGCUAAAUUGUUCACUUUCUUCUACCCAUAUGUCCACAUUACCUUCCAUGAAUACACCAAAGGCAUGAGAAACGAGGCCUACUCUUGCAUCGGGACUUACCUCGGUGCAAAAUCCAGCAACAAGGCGAAACAUCUGACCGGCGAUAAGUCCGGUAACAGCAAGUCUUUGACUAUUAGCUUGGCUAAAAGGGAAGAAACCAUCGAUGAGUUCAAUGGCGUUCAGUUUCAAUGGAAGGCUUUUACAGAGGAGAUACAGGACAGUUCUUCGUCCCGGCGGGGAGGGUUGAGUAUCCCACAUGAGAAGAACUCAUAUAUUCUUGUGUUCCAUGAGAAAUACAGAGAAAUGGUUGCAGAAAGGUAUUUGGAUUAUGUAAUUGAAGAAGGGAAAGCAAUUGAGCUGAGUAAUAGGAAGAGGAAACUGUAUACGAAUAAAAACGGCAAUGAUUGGUACUGGAAUGGAGGUAAAUGGAAACAUAUCAUCUUUCAGCAUCCUGCAACAUUUGAUACUCUGGCUAUGGAUCCUAAGAAGAAGCAAGAAAUCAUUAAUGAUCUUGAUGCUUUUAAGAAAGGGAAAGAGUAUUACGCAAAGAUCGGUAAGGCCUGGAAGAGGGGUUAUCUUCUUUAUGGUCCUCCAGGAACAGGGAAAUCAACAAUGAUUGCGGCCAUAGCCAAUUAUAUGGAGUAUGAUAUCUAUGAUAUGGAGCUCACAUCAGUGAAAACUAACUCUGAGCUUAAGCAGCUUCUGAUUGACACCAGGAGUAAAUCCGUUAUUGUUAUUGAAGACAUUGAUUGCUCUCUUGAUCUGACGAAGAAAAGGAAAAAGAAGGAAGACGACGGCGCAAAAACAGAGGAAAAGAAGAAGGAUGAUGAAGAAGAGGAGGAGAAGGAUAGCAACAGUAAGAGUAAGGUUACAUUAUCUGGGCUGCUGAAUUUCAUUGAUGGAAUUUGGUCAGCUUGUGGGCAAGAGAGGAUCAUCAUCUUCACUACAAACCAUGUCGAUAAACUCGAUCCGGCUCUGAUUCGCAGAGGAAGAAUGGACAUGCAUAUUGAGAUGUCUUACUGCAAAUUUGAGGCAUUCAAGAUAUUGGCUAAGAACUAUUUGGACAUUGAUUCACACCCUUUGUUUGGAGAAAUCAGGCAAUUAUUAGAGGAGAAUGAUGUUAGUCCUUGUGAUGUGGCUGAGAAUUUGAUGCCAAAGACUGAUUCAGGGGAUGCUCAACACUGUUUGAUGAAGUUGGUUGAAGCUAUCAAAACUGCCAAGUUAGAGAAAGAAAAGUCAGGAGACAAGAAAGAAUCUAAGCCCAGAAAAAUGAAGUUCAAUCUUUUGAGUAAAUUCAACUUCUUCAAGCAAUCUGCAAAAGGAAAGAGUUAG